AUGAAUAUCAUCUAUGGUCUGAAGUUGCCGGGCAGGAACUGUAUUUUCUUACGUUUGGUUUCUUUGACCAAGCAGGGGAAGUGCAAUAAUCUCUGUAGGCCUUAUGCAGGACAUUGCAGAACUCAAGCCAAUUGUACACGAGAUAGACACCAAAGGCUGUAUUUGAGUGGAAAUACUAGAAACUGUUUUUUGACUGGAAGCCCUGACUCCUGUAGAAACUUCGUCAGUAAAGGACUGAGGUGUCUUGUGAAUGUUCCGAAUACAGAAGUAUACAAGAAUACGCGUCACAGUUUAGGAAGGUUUGGUUUCCAGUCUUCUCGGCCACUGGAGGAGAAGAUCACAUCCCUCCACAUCAGUUCUAUAGGGCAAGUCCUGCUGCAUUUUUCUGCUUGGAAUGUUCAGAUCAUCAGGUCUUUUCGCACAUCACCAUCAUUUCAGGCUGCACCAGUUCCUCUAUUCUGGAUUAUUGUUAAGCCAGCUCAGAAAUUAUUUGCUAUCAUACUUGGCAGGAGCAUAAGAAAUUGGUGGAAGGCACUUCCUCCUAAUAAACGGGAACUUUUUAAAGAAAGAGCAAGAAAAAAUAAAUGGAAGAUACUCCUGGGUGUCAGUAGCUUAGGAGUUUUAUUUGUCAUGUUUUAUUUUACUCACUUGGAGGAGACACCCAUCACUGGGCGUGCUCGACUGUUGGUAUUUGGAAAAGAGCACUUCAGGGAACUGUCACAGUUGGAAUACGAUAUGUGGAUGGAGGAAUUCAAAAGUAAAAUGUUACCUGAGACAGACGCACUCUAUCAGGUUGUGGAGAGAGUUGUUGGCCAUUUGUCUGAAAGCAAUAAGGACAUCCCACAGGUCGCGGCGCUCAAGUGGGUUAUCCACGUGGUAGAUGAACCAGGGGUAAAUGCUUUUGUGCUUCCAAAUGGGCAAGUGUUUGUUUUCACUGGAUUGCUAAAUGCAGUUUCUGAUAUUCAUCAGCUGUCUUUCAUUUUGGGACAUGAAAUAGCUCAUGUUGUGCUGGAACAUGCAGCAGAGAAAGCCAGCCUGGUUCACUUCUUGGAUUUUCUAUCGCUCAUCUUUCUCACUAUGAUUUGGGCCAUCUGUCCUCGUGAUAGUUUGGCAGUUGUUGGCCAGUGGAUUCAGAGCAAGUUGCAGGAGUUUAUGUUUGAUAGACCGUACAACAGAACACUGGAGGCUGAAGCUGAUAAAGUGGGACUUCAGCUGGCAGCAAAGGCUUGUGUGGAUGUAAGAGCAAGCAGCGUAUUUUGGCAACAAAUGGAAUUAGCAGAAAUCAUUCAAGGGCAGCCCAAGUUACCGGAGUGGCUCUCCACACACCCUUCACAUGAAAAUAGAGCUGAGCACUUAGACCGGCUUAUCCCCGAGGCUCUUAAAAUAAGAGAGAGCUGCAAUUGCCCAUCUCUUUCUGGACCAGAUCCUCGCCUCAUUUUCAGACUUAACAUGCAACAUCUUCUGGAAUCAUCUAAAGAUCAAGAACCCCCAAAUUCUGCAAAGCAAGACCUCUCAAAACCAAAACUGGAUUUUCCUCACACUCAAAAAGUGGAAGAUAUGCCAGUAACUUUUGCAGUUAAACCUACAAACUAAUGAUAAUAAUUUUAUCUUUUUAUGAAACUUAUGGUUCCUGGAGGUCUGUCUUAUAAUGCAAAUUUGUCUUUGAACCAUAAAGAAGAUGUAUCCACUCAUAUUCUAUGUUUCUUUUAUGUGAUCUCUCACUCAAAGCAAUAAGGAACCAUGCCC